AUGUCAACAGCGAAAGGAAAACAAAGAGAGACUGCGUCCGGUGCCACUCAGGUCAACCAGGCGUUGCCUCCAUCAUCGGAUACGACCACGCCCCCCAUUGCCUCGUUGAAGAAGAAAAGCCGGAAAAAGAAAGUAGAUGUCUCGUCCCAGCCUGUUGAUGUUGCUCCUCCGAACCCCACGGUCAGUAGUAUGAUCAUCCAGGGUCGUGAUUAUCUCACUGAGCUUGUUGAUGUAAUCCAGGACGUGCCAUUCGACCCAAAAUCGAUUCUGCCGAAUUCUAAGCCCCACAAAAGCGUAGCUAGGCUUAGGGAAGCACACGAAUCCGCAAAGAAGAACUCUCAUUCUCAGAGUCUCACCUUUUCCUGUAUUGAUGGGACUGUCCGAACCUUCGAUGUUCAAACUUCAUCAUAUUCCGUCGUCGAAGAAAAAGAAAACCACGUUAUCUCUGAACCUAUGUCGUUAGAUGCCUCAACAAAUCCACCACCUUCCACGUCGCGUCAACAAUUUGAGGCCUUCGGGAUCAAGGCUUUUCGCACCAAAGCCAUUUACAAUGAAGUGUGCUUUGACUUUGUUAGCCAUAAACGAUGGUGCCCUCGCGGCACCGCCUGCUAUCGUAUUCACCCUCUCGAUCGCUCCACACAUCGUCCAACUGUCGUAAAGGCAGCCGCAUCAUAUAACAAAAUGAGGUCGGAAUUGCAAAGUAGCAACACUGUAGGACCAAGUGGGCAUGUGUACGGACCUGCUCCAGAAAUUAGCACCUCUGAAGAUCCCGCAGUCCGCGUAAAGCUACCUCCUACUCAGAUAACAUCGGGAAAUUCAGGUCCCAUUGCUGGCCCUUCCCGGACAUCCAAAUCACAGAACAAGACCCGAGGACACGAAUAUAAAUCCAAUAGCGCUGAGGACAUUCGCACCCCUCCGUGGGCAGAUCAUCCCCCCUCAGAUACCAGUAGUUCAUCGAAUGGUACUGAUAAUAUGGAAGCGCUGCUGUGGUUUCCCCAAGCCAACACGGAUGAUUGGGAAAUGGAUCCGGAAGAUUAUGCCAGAUGUUCGGAAAGCUUUAGAUGGCUACUAGAUCAACCUCCUUCUGUUAUUUAUACCCCUUCCCCAAGUGACCCACAACCUUCAGCUAGCACGCAACAGUCCCGGCAGAUUCACCCCCUGCCACCUCGGCCGAUUGUGCCAGAGGUUUCACCUUCCACCGUCAAGCAUUACCGACCUAAACACGGCAAACCCUGUUAUCGAUGGCAGCGGAAUGAAUGUAAUCUUGGCUUCAACUGUUCAUAUGUUCAUGGCGAUCUCAAAUAUGAUGAAGACCCUGCCAGCGUAGCUGCACCUCCUCGAGUGCCAUUAACACAAGUUCAACCAGCCGCGGUACUCUCAAAUCGUGUAGAACAAUCCCCUCAAGAGUUAGGGGCCAUGUCGUCAAAGAUGCCUGUCGUCGCACAAUCGCCGCAAAGGCCACAAGCUCUUCAACAAGCCUCUAUACCACAAAUAAAGCAUCCCCGACCGAAAACCAACGAGAUAUGCAGGAGGUGGCAACAGAAAUCAUGUACGUAUGGAUACAACUGCAAACGGAUACACGGCGAUCUAAAGUACGACGACGACGAAGAACCGUUGUCGAGGAGGCCUCCAGAGGCGUUCGGGUUCACAUUGCAUGACCAUAUGCGCAUCCGCGUUGGGCCUGGAUUCGAGGUCGAAGAUAUAACUACCGGCUUUGAGUCGCGCUGGGUCAACGUCUCAAAUUUGCCAUACCUCCUCCCAGACCCGCGUCUUAUGACACUCAUGCGUGAGUUUGGCGAGGUCCUUAGCAUCCACCGCGAGUCGCAGUCCCCGCAGGCGCGUGUGCAGUUCUCGAAGCCUGCGGAUGCUUAUAAAGCGUACAUCACUCUACAUGGCAGCGUCCAUUUCGGGAGGAAGCUCGAACUUCGUAUGGCAGUUGAGACCAAGGUUGGAGGCAGUCGCAUUGACAUCACAGGGGUGCGAAUUGACUGGGAGGGCCCACACCGUAACGUGUACAUGGGCUACGAGAGCAUGGAGGUCGCGAACGAAAUCGUGAACAAGGCGAAGUACAUUCCAUACGAGGAUUACGUCACCCAGGCCAAUGUACAUAUAGGGGUGCCGGCGGUGGGAAUGGUGACUGUCAAAUUUGCGGGCGUCCCUGUUAAUGUUACAGAGGAGAAAAUGGCGGAGCUCUAUGGUCCGCAUCAGGGUAUGGUUACUGAACGUCCUAAUUACAAGGAUUUCACAGCGGAAGACACGAUUAAAGGUGUUAGAAAGCUGCUUAACCAACCCCAAUUUAGAGGGAAGGUUACCAAUCUGGAGUUUAGGCCUCCUCCUUACCGAGAUGGGAAGAUGCGCGCUUGGGCGCAUUUUAAUACUCCCAGCGAUGCAAAGGCUGCUGCCGAAGAUAUCCAUGACAGGAAACCUAUUUUUACAGGUCAUACUAGAAUUACGGCGAGACACAUCAAGACUAUCGAGUACGACGUGCAUAACGAGAAGUACCGCAGAGUCGCGUCGGAAAUCAAGGCGCUCAGCGACACCAUUCGGAAGGAAGGUGGCGGGUAUAGCUUAAAUUGCAACGACAAGGUAUACCAUGUCACCUUAUCUCUGUGCGGCGAAGACCUCCAGGUCCUUCGAAGAUGGAAGCUCGAAGUCGAGCGUACUCUCAAUGGCGAGUUGAUCUUGGAUAAUGGCGCCGUCGCUUGGCACGACUUCUUUGGUGGACCAGUCGGUUUCUCGUUCUUGCAAGAGGUAGAACGAGGUAUCUUGGGUGUUCGCCUUGAAAGGGACGCCUCUAGACGCACGUUGCGCGCUUUCGGCAUCGCCGAAGUCAGGGCGCUUGCUAGGGAUAAAAUCGUCCAGAAGAUCACAGCGUUACGAUCCCUAAAUAGCUAUAUGAUCCGUAUGGAUGGCCGCCUCACGUAUGCCUUUUCAAGCGACGGUUAUGCCAAAUUGCGAGAGACACUUGGUGCGGAAAAUCUAGUCCUGGAUAUUUGGAAUCGAGAAUUGCGCAUCCACGGCAAUCAGGAUGCAUUCGAUAUUGCAAUGGAUGCCGUGGCUGCCUCGAGGCGCAGACUAGAGCUCAGUGACCGAGGCAAGAAGUCCAUGUCGUCUUCUGCAGCAGUAUGUCCUGUGUGCUUCCAUGAACCUACCAAUCCUGUGCGCCUUGGUUGUGGGCACGAAUGGUGCCGAGCGUGUAUUCACAGAUACUUGAUUGCGUCCAUCGACCAAAAAUUCUUCCCUUUGACCUGCCUUGGAAAAGAAGGUAAAUGCACGGAGCGGAUUCCUUUGCUAACUGCAAGGACGCUUCUCAGUGCUGUUGAACUUGACUCUGUCGUUCACGCAGCAUUUGCCGCGUAUAUCCAGUCAAACUCGAAAGAGUACCACUAUUGUCCAACACCGGACUGUUCCCAAGUCUAUCGGACUGCCCCCGAGGGUGUAUUUAUUCAAUGCCCCUCGUGCCUCGUCAGAACUUGUCCCAGUUGCCAUAAGGAUGCACACGAUGGACAGACGUGCGCGGAGGUUAAGUCUGGGGACGACCUCUUCAAGAUCUGGGCAAGCAAACACGACGUAAAACGGUGCCCCGGAUGCAGCGUACCGAUCGAGAAAGACGAGGCCUCUGAUCAGGUCCUUUCCCUCUAUCCUCCCAAUGUGUUCCGUUUCUCACUGUACGCAAUGCGCUUCGUGCACCAGAUAUCGACGCAUUUAUUCGCACCAUGGAAGUAUAUUGUAUGCGAUAACGAUAUUAUAAUUAACACCCAAUCUAAAGUGCAAGGGAAGAAAUACAAGAGCGUGUUCUGUCAUGGCGACCUUGGGCCUCAUAACAUCAUCUGGAAUGAUGGUAAAGCGGUUUUUAUCGAUUGGGAAAUGGCGGGCUGGUUCCCAGAAUAUUGGGAUUAUAUUCGGACACAUGAAGCUCGUUGGUGGUUCACAAGUUGGUUGGAUAUGUUCAAGGAGGUAGUGGACAGAUACGAUGAUGAAUGGGAUGUCCAGUUUGCAAUGAAAGGGUAUUUUGCUUUCCGAUAG